AUGAUGGGAGCCAAAGGCAUUGAGAACCCGGCUUUCGUCCCCUCCAGCCCAGACACCCCGCGCCGCUUGUCUGCAUCGCCCUCUCAGGUCGAAGUCUCUGCCUUGUCCUCUGACACCCAUAAAGAGGAUUCGCAGCCACGGGAGUCUCGGGAGCCCCAGAAGUCACGGGAACCACCUCUGCCUUCUGCAACUCCCCCUGCCUCCCAAGGGCGGCCCGGGCCACAGUCUCUGUCCGAGUCGGAGGAGGGUCCUUGCGGAUGGAGGAACUUCCACCCCCGAUGUCUCCAGCGAUGCAACACGCCCCGAGGCUUUCUGCUUCACUACUGCCUCUUGGCCCUCGCGCAAGGUAUUAUAGUUAAUGGCCUCGUAAAUAUUAGCAUUUCCACUAUUGAGAAACGAUAUGAAAUGAAGAGUUCCCUGACUGGCCUGAUAUCAUCAAGCUACGAUAUCUCAUUCUGUUUGUUGUCUUUAUUUGUAUCAUUCUUUGGUGAAAGAGGACAUAAGCCGAGAUGGCUUGUAUUUGCGUCCUUUAUGAUAGGACUGGGAGCACUUGUAUUUUCAUUGCCACAAUUUUUCAGUGGAGAGUAUCAAUUGGGAUCCACUUUUGAAGGCACUUGCUUAACAGCAAGGAAUAGCACCAGUUGCACAUCUUCAACUUCUUCACUUUCUAACUACUUAUAUGUCUUCAUCUUGGGACAACUAUUGAUAGGGACAGGGGGAACUCCUCUUUAUACCCUGGGAACAGCCUUUAUUGACGACUCGGUGCCUACACACAAAUCUUCUCUUUAUAUAGGAAUCGGCUAUUCUAUGUCAGUCUUAGGCCCUGCUAUUGGCUAUGUGUUGGGAGGACAACUGCUAACCAUAUACAUCGAUGUUGCUAUGGGACAAAGCACUGAUGUCACUGAGGAUGAUCCACGAUGGUUGGGGGCUUGGUGGAUUGGAUUUCUUAUAUGUUGGUUCUUUGCUUGGUCUUUGAUAAUACCUUUUUCUUGCUUUCCAAAACAUUUACCAGGUACAGCAAAAAUUCAAGCUGGAAAAACUUCUCAGACUCAUCAGAAUAAGAAUAAUUCUUUACAAUAUGCAGAUGAGAAUUUUGGAAAAAGUAUUAAAGAUUUUCCAGCUGCUGUCAAGAAUUUGAUGAGGAAUACUGUGUUUAUGUGUUUAGCUGUAUCAACAUCUUCAGAAGCCUUAAUUUCUACUGGAUUUGCUACAUUUUUACCUAAAUAUAUAGAAAAUCAAUUUGGAUUGACAUCCAGCUUUGCAGCUACCCUUGGAGGGGCUGUUUUAAUUCCUGGAGCUGCUCUUGGUCAGGUUUUAGGUGGUAUCCUUGUUUCGAAAUUCAAAAUGACCUGUAAAAAUACAAUGAAGUUUUCAUUGUUCACAUCUGGAGUUGCUCUUGCGCUGAGUUUUAUAUUUAUUUAUGCCAAGUGUGAAAAUGAGCCAUUUGCUGGUGUGUCUGAAUCAUAUAAUGGGACAGGAGAACUGCGAAACUUGACAGCCCCUUGUAAUGCCAAUUGCAACUGUUUACGAUCAUAUUAUUAUCCUCUGUGUGGACAAGAUGGAGUUCAAUAUUUUUCUCCCUGCUUUGCAGGUUGUUUAAGCUCUGUUUCAGAAAGUAAACCAAAGAUAUAUUACAACUGUUCCUGUAUUGAAAGGAAAACAGAAAUGACAUCUACUGGAGAAAGUUUUGGUUUCGAAGCUAAAGCUGGAAAAUGUGAAACUCAAUGUGCAAAAUUGCCCAUAUUUCUUGGCAUAUUCUUUAUUACAGUUAUUUUUACCUUUAUGGCUGGUACUCCUAUAACUGUAUCCAUCCUAAGAUGUGUUAAUCAGACACAACGGUCUCUAGCAUUGGGAAUACAGUUCUUGUUGCUUCGAUUAUUGGGUACAAUACCUGGACCAAUUAUAUUUGGUAUCACAAUAGACAGCACAUGUACUCUCUGGGAUAUUACCGAAUGUGAAAUUAAAGGAGCUUGCUUGAUUUAUGAUAACAUCAAGAUGGCUCAUAUGCUUGUAGUUAUAUGUGUUAUUUGUAAAAUUAUCACCAUUUUCUUCAAUGGGCUUGCAGUCUUUUUGUAUAAACCACCACCAUCAGGCACCGAUGUGUCAUUUCAAAGUCAGAAUGCAGUUAUGACAACUGUUUCAGAAGAAUGGGAUCUCAACAAAGCAGGAAAUGAAGGGUGA